AUGAGCAACGAAACCAUAAUGCGUCAAAAAGACAUAAGACCACCACCCUGCGAGAUUGAGUAUAAGGGUAUGAGAUUUCUAAUCACUGAUAGACCUAAUGAUCAGAUAAUUCACAACUAUGUAGCUGAAUUAAAGAGGCAUAACGUCAAGCAUGUUGUGCGUGUUUGUGAACCAACAUACAAAAUAGAUGAAUUAAAAGCAGAAGGUAUUGUGGUGACCGACUUGGCAUACGAUGAUGGCACAUCCCCUGCAAAUGAGCUGAUAGAAGAAUGGUUUGAAUUAUUACGAAAUCAGUUUCGUACAGAUGAGGGCAGCUGUGUUGCUGUUCAUUGUGUGGCUGGUUUGGGUCGGGCGCCUGUCUUAGUUGCUCUAGCAUUGAUAGAACUUGGGCUGAAGUAUGAAGAUGCCGUUCAAUUAAUCAGAGAGAAACGAAGAGGAGCUAUUAAUUCUAAACAACUGGCUUUUCUGGAAAAGUACCGUCCGAAAUCUAAACUGAAGAUGAAGAAUGGAAAGUCUACUUGUUGCAUCCAAUGA